AUAAAAUUCAUUUUUUGUGAAAAACUACCUUAUAAAAAAUAUGUUGUAAGAAACUACCUUAUAAAACAUAAAAUGUUGUAAUAUAGUACCUUAUGCCGGAUUGUAACCGUUGACCCGUAUCUCCGGCGUUGACUUUUCCACGUGAAAGUCACGUGACCUUCUAUGACUAAUUUCCCUCCUUUUUGUGCCAGUUGUACCCAAUUUCCCUUCAAUUUCUACCUUGGUGAUUUUAACCUAAUUCCCAAAUUCUAAUUUUCCAACCUCUUCCAAUAAUCCUUCAUCUUCUCUUCAAUUUAUUUACUGACUCAACAACCUGCACUCUCAUUGAUGGUGAACUAAAAAACAGAGGACAUAUGAACUUCAAAGCUCCAUUAAUUAGGUACGUACUAGAGAACGCAUAAAGGGACCAGUCAGUGCUUUUACCCAGGUUCAGUGGUAGAAUUAACAAAGAUUGUUCUUGGUAUAGAUUAAUGGAACACAUUAAUAUCAGGUGGUAUUAUGGUGGUGUUUUUGUGACAACGCCUAAGAAAAAGAAAACAAGUUAUGAACCAGGGAUUGGUAAUAAUUAUGGGCUUAGUUUACAUUCUAAUGUACAAGAAGUUUGUUACUUUGAGUUUGUUGAUUGGAUUAGGAAUAGAUUAAAGUUCCAAGAUAUAGGGCAUAUUUGGUUUAGGAGGAGAGGAUGUACACUGUAUAAUGGUAGGACGGAGAUAAUUGAUGACUCUAAUAUCCCACGGUUUUUGGAAUCUCCGGAAACAGAUGGGUGGUACAAUUUAUACAUCACUCAUGAUAAUGGUGAUGGAGAUGGUGUGGAAAGGGAGGUGUAUGUGGAGACUGAUGCUGAUGUUGAAAGUGAGGGUGAGUUGGAAAAUAGGGGUGGGACUGAGAUAGCAAACACAAGGGUACCACCUGAUUUAUUUUUAAACCCUGAGCAGGAUAGCAACACAAGCUCAUCCAAAUUGCCUCUUGGUGUUAAACCCAAUCUACAAUCCAAAAAAACCAUUUCUAGCUCGUCUAAUAAGCGCAUCAGAUCUAAAACUUCAUGUAGAUCAAAAAAAUGGAGAGCUUCAUCCAUUGAAACGUUAGUAGAAAAUGAAGUUCAUGUGACUAAGAGGGGAAGUAAUGCUGAUUUUGGAGAUGAUUCUGAAGAUGACAUUGAUGUUGUUCUAAGUGAGGGGGACUACAUUGAUUUUGGAGAAGGUAACCCUCAUUACGUUACUUUCAUUUACAUAUUCAGUUGAUUUUAAUCAUAAGCAUGAUACAUUUUGUUGACGUUGUAGGGGUUAUUGGAUGCAUUCAAUAGAGUGGUGCCAAAUGCAGAGAUCAGAUUUUGUUGUAGGCACAUUUGGGCAAAUUUUAAGUUGAAAUUCCCUGGAGAACUGUAUAGAGAAUGUUUCUGGAAAGCAGCCAGAUCAUCAACCAAGUGGCAUUUUGAUAGUCAAAUGGAAUCAAUUAAGAUGUUGUCUGUUGAGGCUUACAAUUACUUGAAUGAAAUACCCUCGUGUCAUUGGUCUAGGCAUUCCUUUAGCACUAGCUCCAAAUCUGGUAUGUUGCUUAAUAACUGUUGUGAGAGUUUUAAUAACGUCAUUAAGGAUGCUAGGUCAAAACCUAUCUUAACCAUGAUGGAAUGGAUACGAAGGUAUGUCAUGAAAAGGUGUUGUGUAAAGAGAGAUGGGUUAAAAGAAUUUGAGGGUAUGAUUAUGCCGUCAGUGGUGAAGAUGAUUGAUAAGGCUAGUGGUGAAGUAUGUAAAUGUGAUGUUACUCAAGCCGAUGUUUAUGAAUUUGAGGUGGAUCACAUUAGCACCGGUGAGUCUUAUGUUGUAAAUUUGGCUGAGAAGAGAUGUGGGUGUUUUAGGUGGGAAUUGAUGGGUAUACCUUGCUAUCAUGCAAUGGCAUGUAUAGUGAAACAAAGACUGAAUAUUGAGGAUUUUGUUCAUCAAGCAUACCAUGUCUCUACAUAUGCAAAGACCUAUGCUCCAACCUUCCACCCAAUGCCAGGAAAACACCAAUGGCCAACUAUUAACCUCCCACAACCUUUACCUCCACCAUACAGAAAAAUGCCGGGAAGACCUAAAGGGAGUAAAAGAAUUAAGGAGAAAGGUGAAGGGGAGGAGAGGGUGCUUGUUAUUAGAACCAAGAAGCCAAACAAAUGUGGGAACUGUGGUGAAACAGGCCACUACAAGAACACUUGCAAAAACCCUCAACUAGCUCCUUUCACCUCCCCAAAAUCUAAAGGAGGAAGGCCAAGAAAAUAUCCAGCUCCUUCUUCAACAACAAAUGCUACAACAUCAACUUCUCCAACAACAAUUUCUAAAGCAAUUGCUCCUACCGAUACACUUGUUAUUAAGCCUACUACUGCUGUCACCAAGAGGAAGAAAUCUGCUCCUUCAUCUAUGGUAGCAAGUGUAAUUUUUCCUCAUGCUCCACUUACUGGUUGUAUUAUAUCCCUUGAUGCCUCUGCUGUUGCUGCAACCGGUGCCUCAAGGAAGAAGAGUUCUGCACAAAUUGGGAUCCCUAAACCAAAGAAGCACAAGAGCAUGGUUGAUGUGUUAUCAUCUCAAAAUAACACAUCUUGUAUCUCUCAUGUGCCUUAAUUUAUGAACGUUUUUGUUUAGGAUGGUAAUGUACGGUUUUUGAGGGUUAAAACCCCGUAAUCUUUUUGAAGUGACAAUGGUGUCGAAGAAUGUAUGUUUUUAAAAGGCCAACACAGUAGCCUCUAACAUUGAAUUUGCACUUGUAAUGUGGCGUAAAGCUAUUUUAUUAAUUGCUAGAUUAAUUAUAGCAUAGAUAGAUU